CCACCUUCUGCUGUGAUAAGUGUGUGUAUCUUUGGUUUAUAUACUGUGCUGUGGGUGUGGAAAUUUCAUUUGGUAUCGGAGCCUGCAUAGCUUAAUUUACUAGCUAUCGAUCAUAUCAUGGGAGACAUGGAAGAAGGAGCGAAUGUUCAGAGACCACCUUUACUGCGUGGACAUAACUACAAUUUCUGGAAGGGCAGGAUGAGGGCCUUUCUCAAAUCCCUUGGGGGUGGAGUCUGGAGAAGUGUAGAAACUGGGUGGACUGAACCGCGCAAAUACUCUGAUGAUCUGACAACGUCAAGAAUCAAACCAUUCGAAGAAUAUAGCAGAACUGAAGUAACCGCUGCUCAGUUUAAUGACAAAGCCUUAAAUGCAAUCUUUGGGGCAGUGGACUCUACCCAAUACAAGCUCAUCUCAAACUGUGACAAUGCCAAGGAAGCCUGGGAUAUUCUUGAAGUCACGCAUGAGGGAGAUGAGGAAGUGAAGACUGCAAAAUAUCAGAUUUUGAUGACUCAAUAUGAAAAUCUAUGCAUGGACGAGAAGGAAAAGAUCACUAAAUUUCAUGGAAGAGUUAGAGAUAUUGCAAACCAGGCUGCACGACUGAAUGAACCCAUUCCAGAAAACAAGCUGGUUCUCAAGGUGCUGAGAUCACUUCCAAAAGAAUAUGAGAUGGAUGUCAAGGCCAUUCGACGUUCCCACAACAUCAAAAACAUGACUCUUGAUGCACU